UUUGCUGAGAAGAGGAAGUAACGUGCUUGACGUCAUAUUUGCCAGUAAGAAUUCUGUCAAGAUGGCAGACGUCGAGAGAAGUACAAGGAGAAUGAUUCUUAAAACAGUGGUGUAAACAAAGACUAAAGAAUGUAUUUUCCUAUCGGAUGGCCUAAAUACAUUCAUUUGCAAGACAGUACACGUACAAUAUACUUAUUUAGUAAUCGUGAUCGUUCCCUUUUUGGUGUACUGACAGAAGAUUCUAUUGGAAUUUGGUUUGCUAAACCCUGUGUUCAAAUAGUUUGCCAUAAACGUUCACAUGAAUCAUUGCUGUCAUUGGGUAUUAAUAAAAUAGCAGAAUGGAAACCAGACAACAGAGCCAUUGUUGUGGCUACUUCUCAAAAUCAUUUAUUGUUUUACCAACUGGAUAUGGAUGAUUCUACUCGUGGUCUCUAUGAACAGCAAGACAGCAAAGUUGCUAGUUUGAAGCGAGAAAGUGCAGAGCUUUUUAUUAAAGAGAAAAUUCCGCCCCUUUUAUUUAUUCAAGCCUUUUCUGCUAAUGUACCAGGAAAUAUAACAAGCUUAGUGUGUAUACGCGAUGAAUUAAUGGUUUCUACUACAAAUGGACAUAUUUGGAGGGUUCAUUGGGAUGGGACAUUGAAUCGUGAUUACUGUUUAAAUCUUCUUAGGAUUCCUUUUUGUGCUGAUCAACAACUUUCAAGAGCAUUACCAUUAGAAGAAACUGGUUUAUUUGUAAAAACAUUUGAAUACUCGCCAUUAAUAGGUGGAUUUUCAAUAGUACUUUCUAAUGGUAAAGCAGCAUUUAUAACUGCUCCAACUUUGAAAUUUGAUCCAAAUCAAGUUGUAGGAAUUUGGGCUCAAGAACUAUCUACUGUAACUUGUACAGCUCUUAAUCAUAGGUAUCGACUCAUUGCUUAUGGAUUAAAAAGUGCAGAUGGUGCUGUUUAUUGCUUUGAUGAUUUAACGGGUGCAUUAGUUUUAACUCAUAAACUUGUUUUAUCUCCAAAAGAUUUUCCAGAUUCUACUACAGCAGCAGGUGCAGUUACUUACCUUAAAUGGAGUCCUGAUGGGAUGGCAUUAGCUAUGGCUUGGGAAAAAGGUGGCUUAGCAGUUUGGAGUGUGUUUGGAUCUUUACUAAUGUGCACAUUGGGAUGGGACUAUGGUUCUGUAGAAAGUCUAAAGAAUAAUCCUUUCAGAAUCAGUUCUCUGAUUCGUUUGUAUCCUGAAGAAACAAAAUUAGAUAAUCAGUUUGUUAGAGUUAUCAAAGUAUCAACACAGGUUCUUCAGUUAUCUGUUCUUGGUGAUCGUCUACUUAGUUUUUGUGCAGAUUCUCAUCUGACAUUAUAUCAUUUACAAAAAAAAGAUUCAUCUUCCAAUUCAACUUUGCAUAUUGUUCGUCUACACGAGUUAGAUGUUUCAAAUUUAGUUGUUCAUCCUGCCUGUGUUGUCUCUGCAAUACUGACAUCAUUAAGAACUGAAAUAGAGGAAGACGAAAGAGGACCAAUGUCGACAUCUGCUACUAAAGAUCUUUUGAAGGAGUGGGAGGAUGUUAUAUCAUCCAAGUGGCAACCAAAGCAGAAUAAGACUGGUAAAGAACAUGUUUUUUUACAAGCUGAAGAUAGAUUGUUUAUUAGUGCUGGAGCUGACAUUGUACAUCAGCUUCAUUCCCCUCCCUACCAUUCAUUUGCUGAUUAUCAUUCCAAGUUUAAUGAAUAUAAUGAUAUUGAAAAUGGAUAUCAAGAGGAAAGGUCAGAAAAUAUAUGGAAUAACACUCAGAUGACUAUAGGAAACAAACAAUGGAUAAUAGUGCCAAUUCCUUAUUCAUAUCUGGGAAAUAACUGGCCCAUAAGACAUGCAUGCAUUGAUCCAUCUGGUCAGCAUGUUGCUGUUGCAGGUAGAAGUGGGUUAGCUCAUUAUUCUCUUAUAUAUAGAAGGUGGAAACUGUUUGGGAAUGAAACACAAGAACAGGAUUUUGUUGUGAUGGGAGGUUUACUUUGGUGGGAAGAUUAUCUUAUACUUGGAUGUUAUAAUUUGAGAGAUAUGAGAGAUGAGAUUCGUUUGUAUCCUGAAGAAACAAAAUUAGAUAAUCAGUUUGUUAGAGUUAUCAAAGUAUCAACACAGGUUCUUCAGUUAUCUGUUCUUGGUGAUCGUCUACUUAGUUUUUGUGCAGAUUCUCAUCUGACAUUAUAUCAUUUACAAAAAAAAGAUUCAUCUUCCAAUUCAACUUUGCAUAUUGUUCGUCUACACGAGUUAGAUGUUUCAAAUUUAGUUGUUCAUCCUGCCUGUGUUGUCUCUGCAAUACUGACAUCAUUAAGAACUGAAAUAGAUGCUCUUUUACCAAGAAUUAUAGAUUUUAUUAGAGAAUUUCCUGUGUUCCUACAAACUGUAGUACAGUGUGCAAGGAAAACUGAAUUAGCUUUAUGGUCUUAUCUUUUUUCAGCUGUUGGAAAUCCCAGGAAUUUAUUUCAGAUAUUUUAUCAUCAUUUUUAUUUUGUAGAUGCUCUUUUACCAAGAAUUAUAGAUUUUAUUAGAGAAUUUCCUGUGUUCCUACAAACUGUAGUACAGUGUGCAAGGAAAACUGAAUUAGCUUUAUGGUCUUAUCUUUUUUCAGCUGUUGGAAAUCCCAGGAAUUUAUUUCAGAAAUGUCUCAGUCAAGGUCAUUUAGAAACUGCAGCAUCAUAUUUAAUUAUACUUCAAAACUUGGAAGUAGCUUCUGUAAGCCGACAGCAUGCAACAUUACUACUUGAUUCUGCAUUAAAUGCAAACAAGUGGGAGGUAUUUAGAUUUUAUUUUAUUAUAACAAACAGUAAAUUGCGAAUUUUAAAAAAAUGUCUCAGUCAAGGUCAUUUAGAAACUGCAGCAUCAUAUUUAAUUAUACUUCAAAACUUGGAAGUAGCUUCUGUAAGCCGACAGCAUGCAACAUUACUACUUGAUUCUGCAUUAAAUGCAAACAAAACCAGAGUGGCAAAAGUUGAUGAUUUUAUCACAUCACUUCAAACAAUUCAUCGAGAAUUUAACUGGCCCUUUCCUAUUUAUGCAGCUUCUUCAAAUUUAAGUUUACCUAGGAGGAGUUCAGGUUCUUCAAUUCAGUCAAGUGCUAAUGUGAGUUUAACUGGGAUAAUGGAAGAUAAACUGAAAGCUGCAACAGUUAAUACUACCAAGAAGAAAUCUUCAAUUACUCACGAGAUUGGUGAUAGUGGAUACUUAAGUAAUUCUUGUCAGGAUAUUCAAAAUAAUGAAAAUAAUAACAUUCUUCCUGAUGUUGCGGAUAUUCAACCAAUUGAAGCGCAGCUUCUGCCUAGAACACAACAUGAAUUUAUAUUUCUUAGAGCAAUGAUCAAAGAUAAAGAUACAGCUGAAGAAUUUUUUAUUGACACAAUUCUUACAAGACAUGCUCGAAAACUUUUAUCGGCUGGAAGAUUAAAGGAUCUGGGAUAUUUAUCUGCUCAUUUAGAUUUUCAUUUGGUAUCAUUUUUGAAGAAAGAAAGGUCCGAAGAUGAGAGUUUAUUAACACUUGACAUGUCAGAAGAUAGUUCUUUAUGGGGAGAAGAAAUGCAUAAUACAAUUGAAAAUGGUUGGUCUGGAAUAUCAUUAUCAACUGAGUUAGAAGUAAUGACCCAAGAAUUAGCAAGCAGAGGUCCACCACAAUCAGAAGUACAGUUAAGAUAUCUUUUACAACUGAUGUUAGAAGCAGGUUGUUUGGAUUGGUCAUUAUUAAUUGCUUUUGUGUUAAGGGAUGCCAUGGCAAUCAUAAGGGUGGUCAAUGCCACACGUCAACCAGAAUUUUCUCAGGAAAUAGCUCAACACUUGAAAGAUGGAUUAACUAAAUUGGAAAAUUGGAUAGAUACUCAUUGUCUUGGAUAUAAACCAUUCAUGUUAGCAAUACGUAAUCAAGUCAAAGCACUGACAAAAAUAAUUACUUCCAGACCUCAAGUACUCAAACUUCAAGGACAGUUUUCUUUAAAUAACACACAAGAAAAUUCUUUUAAUCAAGAAGAUGAAGGAAAUUAUCAUUCCCUGCCCAACUGUAAAAAAAAUUCUGUUCAGGAAACCAAUACUAAAAUAGAGAAUUUAUUCAAUGAAGAAAGCAAAGUUCAGACUUUAGGAAAGACUAAUGAUGUAGAAAGAGAUAAUAUAUCGGAUAAGAGUGAGAAAAGUAAUGAUUGCAACAUUUCAUAGCCAAAUUUAUGAUCAAGUUUUUCUUUUAAAGUCAUUGCAUUUUUUUGAAGUGCAUACAAAUUUUAUUUUAAUUCCCAGGAUCAUUUUAUCUGUAAAAAUUUAACUGCAGACAAACAAUGGAGUAAUUAAUCAUGUAUAUUAUAUAUUGUCCAAUGCGAUUCUACGGCAGCUUGAAAAGAAUACUUCCACAUGUAUAAAGGAAUGUCGGGUCCAAACGUAGUGCAAAAAAAGAAAGUUAUCACUCUGUUUUAUCCCUUCUCAGUUAUAGUACAAUGAUGAUGCCAUGACUUCUAUUUGGGUGUUUAUUAUUUUGAGAGAAUGUGACAUUUGUUUAUAUAAAUUUUUCUGAAGUAGAUCUGACAAAUAACAUUCAGCCAAAAAUUUUUUUGGAAGCCUCAUUAUGAACGUAUAUAAAAUUGAAAAUUUUAUAUUCGUUUCUUUGAAUUUGCGCGUUCAUAAAAUGGUGCAAUUGUGUGUAAGAUAAGAGAAAUUUUAUAUGUUUAAUCCCUGAUCAUGGAAAAUAUGUAAAUUCCAGAUCUUCCCAUUCAAGAAGGAAAAAAAUAUGGCCUGAUUUUAAUAUAAUAUCUGUUUUUCUUGAAAAAUAAAUUAUUUUUUCAAUAACCAUUGUAGUAGAUGUUGGUAAUCAGAUUGUUUUUGUGAAACUUUAUAAGAAGUUUUUAAAAUUGAAUCAUUGUUCAUAUUUUUCACACAAUAAAAGAAACUUGUAUUUGUAUAUCAAUAUUUUUUUAUUAGCA